UCAGAUAUAGCCUAUUCAAUAUCUGCUCGCUCUUGGUCUUUAUUCAGGCAAUGCUGUGCCCAAAAAUUCAAACUCACGAUGCUUUAUUACGACUACAUGCAUCAUUUUCAUGUUCGGUUAUAAAACUAAUAAAAAACUAAUAAAAAAAAAUAAAGUUGUAUGUAUUUCAACAGUUCUUGUUUGUCCUACUUACAUUUGAAACGAUGGAAGCCCAAGUGGUCCCUGCAGGUUUAGCGAGAUAACAAAAAAAAAAAAAAAAAAAAAAAAAAAUCAUAAUAAAAAAGCCCGCUUGGGACUUUGACAUGAAAAUAGUCCCCGCCCUUUACGUGACGUUUUCGGAUUUGAUUGGCUGAGAACGCCGGCAGUUGAACGCGAAUUGGUAAUCAAUCGCUGUCAAUCAGUUUAGGGGCGUGUCGUUACCGUGUCGUUAGGGAAAGCACAGCCAGUCCUCAGUCCACCCAAGUGCCACCCGGCUCCGUCCCAUCUGUACAUCAGCUAUUAAUAAUAAAGAAGCUAACGGUGGGCAGGAAACCGGCGGCAGGUGAAAAUGGACGAACCUUCGGAGCAAAUGAGGCCCCUUUUGAGGACAGGUCUAGAUGAGGAGGCAAUAGUUGACCAUGGGAAGACCAAUUUCACCACUCACACAAACUAUGAAUCGGAAGAUUUGGAAAGCCACAGAGCAGUGUACGUAGGUGUCCACGUUCCUCUUGGAAGGGAGAGCAAACGGAGGCAUCGCCACCGAGGACACAAACACCACCGAAAGAAGAAAGAGAGAGACUCUGAGGAGGGGAAGGACGAUGGCAGGGAAUCCCCCACUUAUGACACACCAUCCCAGCGGGUCCAGUUCAUCCUGGGUACAGAGGACGAUGACCUUGAGCACGUCCCCCAUGACCUCUUCACUGAGCUGGACGAGCUCUCCUUCAGAGAUGGCAGUGCCACUGAAUGGAGGGAGACUGCCAGAUGGCUGAAGUUUGAAGAGGAUGUUGAAGACGGUGGGGAGAGGUGGAGUAAGCCCUAUGUGGCAACGUUGUCACUACACAGCUUAUUUGAACUACGUAGCUGCAUACUCAACGGCACAGUCAUGCUGGAUAUGAGAGCCAACAGUAUCGAGGAAAUUGCAGACAUGCUGAUAGACAGCAUGGUGGCAUCAGGCCAGCUGAAGGAGGAUCUGCGCGACAAGGUGCGGGAAGCCAUGCUGAAGAAACACCACCACCAGAACGAGAGAAAGCUCAGCAAUCGCAUUCCUUUGGUGCGCUCCAUUGCUGACAUAGGCAAGAAACACUCUGACCCACUCUUGCUUGAAAGAAACGGAGAGGGCCUGUCCUCUUCACGUCUCUCUCUCCACAAGCCAGGGGCAGCCUCCUCUGUCUCCAACCUCUCCCAGAGACGAGAGUCCAGAGUCUCAGUUCUGCUCAACCAUCUCCUGCCCUCUUCUUCCUCCAACACUGGGCCCGGCCCAGGCACCCCGUUCCUCACCACCCCUCAAAAUACCCCCUCUGCCUUCCGGCGCUCCUCCCAAAGCCCGCCACGCACCUAUGGCGCAGGCCCUGGCCCUCAAGGCAUCCCUGAAGUAGUGGUAUCGCCUCCUGAGGAUGACGACCCACCACACUCUGCAGAAGAAGAGGCAGCAUCACCAGUGCUCAGCCGGCGAGCAUCCUCGGCAUCCCAGGGCUUCGAGCUGCUGCCCUUAGAAGGACCACUGGUGUCUCCACACUCUCUCCCAAACAACCUGGAUGGCAACAAGGCAGCGGAGAGAAGACCAUCUAAAGUAGGGGUCAGUAGAGAAAGCAGCAGUGUCGACUUCAGCAAGGUCGACAUGAAUUUCAUGAAAAAGAUUCCUCCGGGUGCUGAAGCUUCCAAUGUAUUGGUGGGAGAAGUGGACUUCCUGGAGAAGCCCAUAAUAGCCUUUGUACGACUGUCCCCUGCGGUCCUUAUCACAGGCCUCACAGAGGUGCCUGUGCCCACGAGGUUUCUUUUCCUGCUUCUGGGUCCUCAUGGCAAAGGACCCCAGUACCAUGAGAUUGGCAGAUCCAUGGCCACACUAAUGACAGAUGAGAUUUUCCAUGAUGUGGCGUACAAAGCCAAAGACCGGACAGAUCUUCUCUCGGGGAUAGAUGAGUUCCUCGAUCAAGUGACUGUCCUGCCUCCUGGAGAAUGGGACCCCACGAUCCGGAUUGAGCCCCCCAAGAAUGUUCCAUCUCAGAUGAAAAGGAAGAGACCGACCCAACCCAAUGGCACUGCGUCUCCAGCUGGAGAGCUGGAAAACGAUGAGGACCAUCAUGCAGGGCCUGAGCUGCAGAGGACUGGGAGGAUAUUCGGAGGUCUGAUCCUGGACCUCAAGCGGAAGUUACCUUUCUACUGGAGCGACAUCAGAGACUCCUUCAGUCUGCAGUGUCUAGCCUCCAUCCUGUUCCUCUACUGCGCCUGCAUGUCCCCUGUCAUCACAUUUGGAGGUCUGCUUGGGGAGGCAACUAAAGGCAACAUAAGUGCCAUAGAGUCUCUGUUUGGGGCAUCACUGACAGGAGUGGCAUACUCCCUCUUCGCAGGCCAGCCACUAACUAUUCUUGGCAGCACAGGCCCUGUUCUAGUGUUUGAGAAGAUCCUCUUCAAGUUCUGCAAUGACUACGGCCUGUCCUACCUGUCACUGCGGACCACCAUUGGUUUAUGGACGGCCUUCCUGUGUCUGGUUCUGGUGGCCACGGAUGCUAGCUCCCUGGUCUGCUACAUCACCCGAUUCACAGAGGAGGCUUUUGCCGCACUCAUCUGCAUCAUCUUCAUCUAUGAGGCUCUAGAGAAGCUCUUUCACUUGGGAGAACACUACCCUGUAAACAUGCACAAUGACUUGGACGACCUUACCCUGUAUUCGUGUCAGUGCUCUCCACCAGUCAAUGCCUCAGAGAAAGUGAUGCAGGUGUGGAACCGGACAGGAUACAGCCCAGACUCUAUCCCAUGGGAAAGCCUGAAUGUUUCGAUGUGUAAGACACUCCAUGGGUCGUUUGUGGGUCCUGCUUGUGGGCAUCAUGGGCCCUACAUCCCAGAUGUUCUCUUCUGGUCCGUCAUCCUCUUCUUCACCACCUUCUUCCUAUCCUCCUUCCUUAAACAGUUCAAGACAGAGCGAUAUUUUCCCACCAGGGUGCGAUCCACUAUCAGCGACUUUGCUGUGUUUAUAACCAUCAUGAUCAUGGUGUUGGUGGACUAUCUAAUGGGGAUCCCUUCUCCUAAACUUAAGGUCCCUGACCGCUUUGAGCCAACUUCAAAGCACAGAGGCUGGCUGAUGGACCCGGUGGGAGGAAAUCCCUGGUGGACGCUGCUGGUGGCAGCACUUCCUGCCCUGCUCUGCACCAUCCUCAUCUUUAUGGACCAGCAGAUCACUGCAGUCAUCAUUAACCGCAAGGAGCACAAGCUCAAGAAGGGCUGUGGCUAUCACCUGGAUUUGCUGGUAGUGGCAGUUAUGCUGGGCCUGUGCUCCAUUAUGGGCCUGCCGUGGUUCGUAGCUGCAACCGUCCUCUCCAUCUCCCACGUUAACAGCCUAAAGGUGGAGUCUGGCUGCUCCGCUCCGGGAGAGCAGCCCAAGUUUCUGGGCAUCCGGGAGCAGCGCGUCACUGGAUUCAUGAUCUUUGUCCUCAUGGGUUGUUCCGUUUUCAUGACCUCAGUGCUCAAGUUUAUUCCUAUGCCAGUCCUGUAUGGAGUCUUUCUCUACAUGGGUGUCUCUUCCCUCAAAGGCAUUCAAUUCUUUGACAGAAUCAAGCUGUUCGGCAUGCCUGCCAAGCACCAGCCUGAUCUGAUCUAUCUGCGCUACGUGCCGCUGUGGAAGGUCCAUAUCUUCACCAUAGUGCAGCUUACCUGUUUGGUGUUGCUCUGGGUCAUCAAGGCCUCUGCAGCAGCUGUUGUGUUUCCCAUGAUGGUUCUGGCGCUGGUCUUUGUGCGAAAGCUUCUAGACUUGAUCUUCACAAAGAGAGAGCUGAGCUGGCUGGAUGACUUGAUGCCAGAAAGCAAGAAGAAGAAAGAGGACGACAAGAAAAAGAAAGCACAAGAAAAGCUGGAAGAAGAGUCCAGACUGCAGGAGGAAGAGGAGAGGGGACUGAAGGUCAGCUAUGAAGCCUCGAACCGGCUCAACAUCCCAGUGAAAACACUCUCAGGGAGUUCUCAUUCUGACCCCUUGGUUGUAAAUAUCUCUGAUGAAAUGGCCAAAACCGCAGCGUGGAAAGCAGUGAACUCGAGUGCAGAGUCUUGUGUCCAACCUGUGAAGCGUAGUGGAAGCCAGGAAAAGGUGGCCUGCGUUAGAGUCGACGUCAGCCCAGAUUCACCAGGAGGGGGUUCUACUACCGAGACCUUCCUGUGAUAAAUGGAGGCCCUCCUCCCCUCUCGAUACCUUCUCCCACACAACACUUUACCCCGCUGACGAGCACCAUCUUAGUGGCAAAGGGGGCGUAGAACUGGAGCAGGACAACCUGCCUGCGGGGUUCCUUUUGUCGGGGCAGCAGGCAAGCUCCCCCGGGGCUGUGAGUCCUACUCCACUCAAGUCUUGAAGUGUGCAGCACAUGCACAGGUGGCUGCCAUGACGCAGUGCAGAGCGCACAUCUCCAAGCAACGAAGGCUGUUACUGCCCACCGACGCUCACUGUUUUGGAACUUUCUCAACCUUGCAAUUUGUCACACAUCAGAACCACAGAUGCCAAAGGAAGGGGCCUCACUGGUGAGGAUCUUGGACUGUGCGAAUUAAAAUUUACUUUUAGCCCACUGAACAUUUUAAUUUCAAUUUUAUUGUUAAUGUUUAAGCUGGUCACAGUACUGUACAUUUUCUUAGUAGCUCAUACACCAUGAGUUGCGCUGCACUGUUUUUUCACAUGUAUUUAAAGUCAUAUUAAGACUCUUCACCUAACUACACCAGCUUCAAACUCAUUUGAUUAAAGCCAUUCAGGUACUGUCAGCGCCAGCCGAUUAUAUUUCAUAAUUAGCCUGGCACAGCAAAUGACACAAACCAAAACAGAGGUACAUUCAGAUCAAAACUACGACAUCACACUACUAUUAUACUACAUACAUCUGUGUAGAAUUUGAUCAUGGUUCAUCUCUCCUGUCUGCAGGGGAACACUCAGUAUUAAUAUUGCUGCUCAUAAGUUGGUCAGUUUUCACUGUAAACCUCACUGUUCAUACUGUAUGUGUUCUUAUAGAAACAUUGUUAAUGUAUGUAUGUAUACUGUGUUCUUUUCAUUUGUAACAUUACCUACUUCAGAGGCCAUAUGAAGUCUGUACUGUACAGUAAGCACUUUGCCAGUAUAGUUUCUUACCUAAAAUGGAUUUUAGUGUGUUCAUAAAAAGGUUACUCCUCCUCCCACCGUAUCUAUAGAGCUUAGAGUUGGGUCAGUGUCUGGUUUUGUCGGUCUGGUCUGGUGUACAAGCUUAAACCAGUUUGAUUUUAUGCAAACCGGCUGAAUUGGCAUUUUCAUUAUGACAUGUUCUGGUAAAUUAAAAGUAAACACAACUUGUAUUGCAUUAGUAAUAAGCAAUAUGACAGUGUGAUUAAUAUAAUAUUUUGUUAAUAAACAGACCAACGGAGCCACUGGUGUCUGACAGUGCUGUGAACAGUUUACUGGCGGGAGAGGGAAAGAGUUGCGCACAUUGUGUUUAUUUGCUAGAAAGUUUGUGUGAUUUUUAGGGUGACAAGAGGAGACAUAGUCGAGCAACACAAUGCACUGUUCAGAGCUAAACUGUUCUUAAAAGCCCUGUUUCUAUUUAUUCCUGUGGCUUGCCUUGAAAGUGCAGCAGCGGACGAGCAACGGCUGAUUCGUGAAGUUGAAAUAAGGACUUACCAAGACGACACCUUCUUAUUUCACUACAACAACAAAAUAAGGUAGCAUCUAGCUGGAGGGGGAUUGGCAGGGAGCUGGAUGUUUCUGCUCAAUGACCAUUGCUAUUGUAUGUAAUUUUCAGUAAAUAUAACAAUAUAAAACAUGUUUUCUGAUUAAAAGGCACAAACGCAGGAUGUUUUAAGAGGUUUGGUCCAACAAACAGCAAACAGCUGAUAUGGAUGUGGUUUGUUUACAUGAUGUGACAGAAAUGCAUAUUUAAUGGAUUCAAUACAUAAUGCUCUGUCAAGUGCGACACCACAUAAAAUUCAUUACACCAGUCCAGACUGGUGUUCAGCUUAAUAACAAACUGGUUUGAAAUCUUUACACUGAUCCAACUCUAAUAGAGCUGUUGUUCAAAUGUCAGUUAAACAACUCAGGAAUCUUUAAUGAUUUCUGACUUGGUCACUUGAUUUUUUUUAUUUUUUUUUUUGUCAAAAGGCAGUGAUAAUUAGUUGACUGUAUUUACUAUCAUCGUUGAUAUCACAACUAUUUUAAUAAAUGCUGUAAAUCAUAAAAUAUAGUAAGGUGCAAAAUAAAAGAAAGAAUAUUCCUGACCCCAGUUAGAUGCACCGGUUUUUAUACUGUCUGUAUUAUUGAUGGUAAUUGUGUGUGUGUGUGUGUGUGUGUGUGUGUGUGUGUGUAUGCGUGCGUGUGUGCGUGCACGUGUGUGUGUGCGCAUGUGUGGUGUAAGAUAAUUUGGUAUGUUUAGCGUUGGAAAUCAUUUUAUGCAAAAUAUUUCUACAGUAAAUGUAAAAACUAUAAUAUUCUAUGAAGUUGUUCUUAUUUUGCUAAGUGCGGUCCUGUUUUAGCAAUAAGUAUCCCAUACUGUGCAAUGUAUGGACUCAUGAACCUGACUCAUAUUCAGGCAAAGAAUAAUUUGUGAAAUGAUUUUUGUGUCUAUUUCAUUGGCUCUGUCUGUGUGUAGCUACAGUGACUCUACGGACAAUAGCUUACGUGCCUUGUCGAAGCUCUUUAUGUGCAAGUCUUGUACUGAUAAUUUUAAGUGUUCAGAACAGAUGUACAGGUACACAUAUAAUGGCACACAUGCCAAAGACAGACCUUCAUCACUUUACAAGAGUGAACCAGUACACGGCUCAUCACAGAGGCUAAUGUGUGUUGUAGUGUUAUUCCACGUCUGUGUGAAAGUCGUAGCGUGAGCUACCAACUCAAACGAUGUAAUUUUAGCCUCCAUUUACAAAUGUUACUCUUAAAACUGUUUGUGUGUGUACUGUUGUCACAACUCUAGCAUUUGCUCACAUUUAAAAGUUGUUGAUAUUGAGGUACUAUUUUUUGUUUUUUAAAUGAUCAGUGAAUGUCAAUUUAUUGUACCAUCAACAUCAAAACUGAAGUUGAUGACAUAUUUUUUCUAAAAACCUUAAAUUUGAAUUCGGUCACACGUACUUCACGAUGACUUCCAUACACAUAUGGACCAUUUGAUAUAAAAAGUAAAAUGUGAGCUUGGUUAUUUUGAUGAAAACAUAGACUACUGUAACAUGACAUCAGUUUCAACAUACAUAUGUCAGCUAUACAUAUGUCAGCUAUACAUAUGUCAGCUUCAAGAGGUGGAUCAACUAUGUCAACAACAAAAAGGUGGAGAUUUUACACUCUGUCGUCACUUAGUAAAAAUGUAUUUGUUCUGAUGUACAGACGCAUGACAUCAGCGAAGCACAUAGCGACCUGUUGUUAGCCAGAAUGAUGACUUUCCUGUCAUGAGUGAUCAGUGCAAAGCAAUAAAAGUGAAUACAUGGUGA